GGCUAUCAUCGGGCUCGGUGGGUCUCAUCCAGGAUUAGGGCAUGCCUCUUCUCGACCAAAUGCAGUCAUCGUCCGAUUUUCGAGCACUUUCUGAAUUCUCUUUACAUAACACCCCGACCGCGUGCCCCAGAUCAAGUUUAAGCUUCUUCUUUUUUCCCCUCGUAACCCCUCAGGAACUCCCAAUUCCCCCCAUUCCUGCUCGCUCUAUUCUGCUUGAUUGUCCGAUCGACAAGGGCCUAGUGACGCCUUGGGAAGGUCUUUUUUGGGGGUAUCCUAAGUGGAUUAGCAUAUAACUGGGGGAAUCUCGUUGGCCGAAGAAUCUCCCGGAAUUGCCCGUAUUUAAGCGUCAGCUUUUCUUCUUGUGUGGAAUACCCUGAUCUCCGAGCAUAUUUGGGCUUACCUGUCACCUUUCCUGCUCGCAUCUACUCUGCUCAACGCAGCAUCUUGCCAUCAUGAACCACGACGAGAUAUCCGCCAAUGGCAAUGCCAACGCGGGCGCUAACGCGGAGGAGCGCAAGGUCCAACCAAUUCCGCCACUGGACGAGAGAGAUAUUAAACUCGGAUACAUGAGCGAGGCCGACCGACAUGUCUACGAGUCUGGUAUUCAGAAGUUCAGCCGCCUCGGCUGGAAGCGUCUCACUGUCGUGCUUAUCGUCGAGGCCAUUGCAUUGGGCAGCUUGUCAAUCCCUUCUACGUUCGCUACACUCGGUAUGGUUGCUGGCGUGAUAUGUACCGUUGGACUUGGCCUAGUUGCCAUUUACACCAGUCAUAUUAUUGGACAGGUCAAGCUUGCCUUCCCUGAGAUCACCAGUUAUGCGGACACCGGUCGAUUGAUGGGAGCGCGUCUUGGAUGCCCCCGGUUCGGUUAUGAAUUGAUGACUGGGAUGCUUGCUCUCCAACUCCUCUUCCUUACUGGCUCUCACUGCCUGACUGGGACUAUCGCAUUCUUGAAUAUUACCAAAAGCGACGUCUGCUCCGUGGUGUUCGGUGUCGUUUCUGCGAUUAUUCUCCUAUUACUCGCCAUCCCCCCUAGCUUCACCGAGAUGGCCAUCCUCGGUUAUGUCGACUUUGCCUCGAUUAUUCUCGCCAUUGGUAUUACCGUCAUCGCCACGGGUGUCGAUGCGCACCACUCCCCUGGCGGUCUCUCUGGGGUGAACUGGUCCGCUUGGCCCAAGGAGAAUGUCACCUUCUCCGAGGCAUUCGUGGCUCUGUCGAAUAUCAUUUUCGCGUAUAGCUUCGCCCUUUGCCAAUUCUCCUUCAUGGAUGAAAUGCACACUCCUCGCGACUACGUCAAGUCUAUCUGGGCUCUCGGCAUCACGGAGAUUGUUAUCUAUACCCUUGCCGGUGCCUUGAUCUACGCUUUCGUCGGCCAGGAUGUGGGAAGUCCUGCGCUUCUCUCGGCCGGUAGCUUGAUGAAGCGGAUUGCCUUUGGCAUUGCCCUGCCCGUGAUCUUUAUCAGUGGUUCUAUUAACACCGUCGUGUUUGGACGUCUCGUCCAUGGCCGCAUCUUUGCUAAUUCUCACAUCCGCUUCAUCAAUACUAAGAUGGGUUGGUUGACGUGGCUUGCUGUUAUUACUGCUGGCACGAUUAUUGCAUUUAUCAUUGCUGAGGUCAUUCCCUUCUUCAAUGACCUGCUGUCCAUCUCUUCGUCGCUGUUCAUCUCUGGAUUUACCUUUUACUUCCCUCCUAUGAUGUGGGCCUUGCUCCUCAAGAAGGGCAAGUGGAGUGAGCCUAAGAACAUUAUGCUUGGACUUGUCAACUUGGGUGUCUUCUUGAUCGGUAUGAUUACACUUGUGGCUGGAACAUAUGCCAGCGUCGAUGAUAUUAUCAAUAAGUACAGGGCCGGCACCGUACGCGGUGUCUUCACCUGUGGCUCUCCCGAGUAGAGUGACAGGCAGAUCAAAUAUUUGUCAAUACCCAUAUAUUUCCAUUGAUCGGAGUAAUUCACUCCACUCCCACUCCCACAUCAAUCAGUUCUGACCUUGUUCAGCAUGGGUGAUUUAACAGCGUUUCACGUGAAGAUGACCUACGAAAAGCGUGUUUUGAAUAGAUUAUAGACAUCAAUUGCAACAUAUUUCAAAAACUUCUUAUAUCCAAUUCUCAAAAACGAUGAUAUUCCAUUUUCUCAUAACUUGGCAUGCAUUUCAGAAUCACCAGCCCCAUCUCUACGAAACCAAUCAGCCCAAGUGCCCCAGGCCAAAAGGGAAGUAUGCAAGACAAAGAGACCGGCGCCCAAUUAUCUAAACCAGCAUGGAUUCUAUUUCCUUACAGGUACUGGUUGAACCAGGCAACGGCCUGGACGAAGGCUUGCUCCUUAGCCCACUUCUGGAUCUUCACGUUCAGAUCACCGCGGACGGCGAAGCCGUGGGAGACGCCGCUGAAGAGGUUGAUCUGCCAGGGGUGACCGGCCUUGAUCAGGGUGUCCUCGGACUCGUGGCGGAGUUGGGUGGUGAAGAUGGAAUCGGUCUCUGUAGAAAGAGUAUCAAUAACAUGCCCAUUACAUGUGGGAUGGAAGGGGAAAAGUGUAGGUGGGGAAGGGGAAAACCUACCGGCAGCGGCAAUGGAGAAGGGGCCCUGAAUAGCGCCAAGCUCCUCGUGAGUGAUGAAGGAGGGGUGGGCAGCGAAACCAACAUCGACCUUGUCGGUCUUCAGGAAGCGGGUGACGUACUAGA